CUGGUGCAGAUAUUAAUGAGCAGGGGCAUCCCCAAUUAGAUGGUGGUACGCUAAACUGUGGGGUGCCUUACGAACAUCCGCCGCCAAAGGUCCCCCCGUCCCCCAAUGACUACGCGCGCAGCAGAAUCCACUAACACCAAAAGGACAAGCUGGCGACAGGAACAUGUCGGAGAUAUGUCCGCAGCAUUUCCCCCCCUCACAUCAUCCUCACAUCCCAUCUCAACACAUGAUGCCCUUUCUCGAUCAAUCUCCAUGAUAUUUGUUUCUACAAGACAGGCUCCGUGUCGCAUGGCUGGCCAAGUCCGGGUUGUCCCUGUUCUGUUGAGCGCUUAGGCUCAUAUUCCCACCAUACUACAUUUUCCUCAGCUUCUCCGAUCGAUCGACGCUAUCAUGCUACAAGAACCGUGGUCUGAGGUUUGCGCUCAUUGCGCAGAGCUACUUUCUAGUGUUCCUCCAUCCAUCCUUCUUACCGCGCUUGUCGCAACUCUCUUCGGGGCUUUCGUACUCGCUUACAUUGCCCUCUUUGUCGUCGCCCCUGUCCCUCGUGAACCCUUACCAGAAGAGAAGAAAUACCGAACACUAGCGGAGGAUGGAUCGAUCACAGAACCUCAGCAACUACCUUGCUGGCAAGACACCCUGUCCAAAGGCGCUCGCCAGUCGCCCGAACGCCCAGCUCUGGAAAAGGCCGAACUUUACAUGUCCGUAGUGAUACCGGCCUACAACGAAGAGAAACGACUUGGAGGCAUGCUGGAAGAAGCGGUCAACUACCUAGAGCGGGCGUACGGAACGCUACGCAAUGAGGACGGUAUUCCCAAGGAGGUAACGACAGCUCGACAGCGAAAACCUACCAAUGGUUCCACAAACGGUCAUGAAGCGAAUGGUCGUGCGCAUGAGAAAGGCUGGGAGAUAAUCAUUGUAUCCGACGGGUCCACGGAUAAGACAGAAGAUACGGCGUUUACUUUUGCGCGAGACCACCAACUCUCGUUACAUCCCAAAGGUUAUGCCGGUCCUUGGACUCCGAGCGCCCUGGAGGGAGUUCACAUACCCCCUGGGACAAUCCGAGUCGUGACGCUAGCUCAAAACCGGGGUAAAGGAGGCGCAGUCACCCAUGGCAUGAGGCACGUCCGGGGUCAAUACGUGGUCUUUGCCGAUGCCGACGGCGCUAGUGAUUUCCAGGAUCUGGGGAAGCUUGUUGCUGCUUGUCAGGAGAUCGAGGAUGCUGAGGGACGUGGGGUAGCGGUGGGCUCGCGGGCGCAUAUGGUUGGGAGCGAAGCUGUGGUCAAGCGGUCGAAAUUACGCAAUUUCCUUAUGCACUCCUUCCACUUGAUCUUAUGGCUUUUGACGCCUUCCAAGACGGCCACUAUCAAAGAUACCCAAUGCGGUUUUAAGUUGUUUUCCCGGACGUCGCUACCCUAUAUCAUCCCGUAUAUGCACUCCGAAGGGUGGAUUUUCGACGUGGAAAUGCUUAUGCUUGCUGAGUUUUCAAGAAUUCCCGUUGCAGAAGUUCCAGUUGGUUGGCGGGAAGUGACUGGAAGCAAGUUGAAUGUGCUGCGCGACAGUAUCGGAAUGGCCUGGGGACUGGCAGUCCUCCGAGCUGCAUGGUCACUAGGCGUUUAUAGACGGACGUGAGCUUCCCAAUUUAGAAGGAGUAAAUGGAAGACAAAUGAUUGUUUUGCUUCAGCUUUUACUGAUUUCGGCAUUUCCUGUUUCUAUCAUGUCAUAAGACUUUUCUUAACCCUGUUAUUGUUGGAUUCCUAUACUAUAUACCGGUUUAUUAAGUGGCAAACUCGGUGCUAACUCGGGCCCUAGAGCUGUAACAACUUAGGAAAGAGAUAAAG